AUGGUUGAUAUUGAGCACGCUGAAUAUCCGAUGUUACCAUUUUUACUAUUGAAUGGUCAGCUGGCUCGUGAAAAAAUAGUGAUUUGUCAAAUAAACAUCGAGGUACAUCGGCCGAAUGCCGAACAGCUGAAACAGUUUUUCAACUUCUAUCAAAAACUAAUGGAGGAAAAACAAUGGACGUUGAUGAGCGCCUCAUCCAUAAUUGGACACUUGAGGCUCUUCAUGAUCAACCACGGCAGCGAAGAGUGUCACAAAAGAUAUAUUGGAGACAUCUACGAAAUGGACGACCUCGACACAAGAGAUCAAUAA